CAAAAAUUUGCUUCAGUCCGUAUAAAUCAGUACCAUCACGACUGGGAGGGCUAUGAAUUCGAAGUGUCUUCCUCCUGAGCGGUAACAGCAUUUCUGUUGCAGCCAAGAUAUAUUUCUGGGAAAAUCACAGUCAAUUUCAGAAGGGCACGAAAGGGUGGAGUGAAGUUGACGGGCGCGCAACAUCGAGACGAAACCGGGAGAUGCAUGAGCGGUUUCUGGGUAAUGUCCGGCCUGUAACCGCCCGUUUCCUCUCAGCGCCGAAGCAAGAUACAAUCUUUAAGAGCGCUGACAUCGAGAUGCGUUUCAGCUGCUGACUUGCGCCCAGCAGGAGGACGGGGUAUAUAAGGCCAGACGAUGGUACAGACUCGGUAUCCUUCAGCCCUCAAGACUUCUAAGCACCAACCAACCCAUCCUCGACAUGCGCUUCGCCAUCUACACCCUUGCUCUACCCCUCAUCUUCGCGUGGGCAACCAUGGGCGCGCCUGUCGCAGACGCUCCUGGAAGUCGUGGUCCUGCGGAAGUCGCGGUCCAGCGUGACACUGCCGACGCGAACGGGUGCAAAAAGGCGAAUUGCUUUAAGCGGGAGGACUGAGCACCGGACGUAAAAGAGUCUGCGGGAAUGAAGGCUUUCACGGGCUAUUAUUUCUGUGUAUGUCUGGGGAAUAGUUACCAUGAAUGAAGCGCGAUAUAUUGUUGUCGUGGAGUUUGUACAGAUGGGUCCUCUGUCAGUGUCGAUGCGACGCGUCCAUUGUUCUGGAGAACAAUGGCACCGGCGACCGGGUACCCAUCAUAACCGGC